AUGUCUGGCUCUCUUCGAGAUCGUAUUUUAACAAUAAAUCCUUCUAUUGGAAAUAUUUUAUACAAUCCAACUGCUUAUUUAUUGUACAAUAGAGAGAUUGGAAUGAGUAAAGAACGAAGAAGAUUUUUAAUUGUUAAUGUUUUUGAUUUUGUUCUUUCUACACUUCUUUGGCUACUUUCUGCUGUUACUAAACCUUAUAAGCAUACAUGGAUGGAAGUAUUUUUAGAAGAAAUAAAUAUUUUUGCUCCUCAUUUUCUUCACAAUUCGCUUUUUGAUUUGGGUAGGAUUUUAGCUUUAAAUUUGUUUGGAUGGGGACGAGGUCUAGGCUAUACAGCUAGUCAGGCUUUAGGCUAUGUCUUUAUUAGAGUUGUUAGCAUCUGGGUAGUUUUUGCCUUUGAUGGCUUAAAAAGAGAAGAACAGGAGCAUUUGAGCCGCCGCAGGGAAAAUAAAUCAGUCACCAACAACCCUAGUUUCUACCUAUUUUUGUUCAGGAUUCCUGUGGCGUUCACUACAACUGUUUCAACUAUCUUUAUUGGAAUUAAAAUAUUCUAUUUUUUCGAUAAAGACAAGGGUUCAAUACAACAGUAUUUGGUGAUUAUUGCCUCGCUUUGUAUUGCUUGGUUCGAACUUUGGCUUAUGCCCUUUAGAGUUUUGGAUUCAGAACAUCAAAGAGACAUAGGUGUAGGAACAACCGUCAUUAAUGGAUCUGAUACGGAUAGACAACGUUUAAAUGCUCAAGAAUUAAUCAGGCAAAUUGUUGCUAAUGAAGAGGAAUUCUUUCACACUGCAUUCGAAGACGACACUUCUGACGAGAAUGAAGAACGUUGCAAAAAUAUUUCACGAAUUGGUAAAGUAUCUAGAAGAAAAUGCAAAGAAGCAAUUAUUCGAGCUCAGAAUGAAGCAGAUUUACUUUUUGUUAAUAUAAAUUGUUGGAAAGUUUUGCAAAAAGAAAAUAAAAAUGUGCCCGAAAUUCGUUAUCAUGACGCUUCAAACAGUUAUUAUAUAAAAACAGUAAUAGAUCACACUGCUAGAGCUGUCUUUAAUGCUGUUUGGAGAGAAAGUCAAAAAUGGAAUAAACAAAUUUUGGAGACGAGGAUAGUUGCUGUUGUUGAUAGUACAACAGAUAUUGUUAUAACGAUUACUAAAGCUUCUGGUGGUGGAUAUAUUGCACCGAGGCAUUUCAUCGACAUUCGUCGUUUUAUCACCAAUACAGAUGAAACUUCUUUUGUUGGGGUUUAUGUGUCUAUUGAAUUUGCUGAGGAAGAAGGAACUGUUAGAGGAGAACAAAAAACCUCAAAAAGUGCGAAAAAUGAAGGUGGAGUUGAAAUUCGUGGUCGUAAUGGUGUAAAUAUGUUCAGAAUUUCCAAAAUGGGAGAGAAAAAUGCUUUGUUUGAAUGGUUAAUGAAUACAGAUUUGCGGAUUCCAAUCCCUCGAAUGUUGAUACGAAGGGUAUAA